CAGAAUUUUAUCUACAUUGUCAGCAGAUCGCCAGGGACCUGAGGAUGCUCGGGUAUCUGCCAUGCUUCCAUUACCACCGCCUCCUCCAGGAUUGCCACCGAAGUCUGCAGGUAAUCCAUCUGAGGGCUCACCUGAAUAUGAAGCCAGUAAUCCUUCUGACAAGAAGGAUGUCACUAACUUGGUCCCACCACCACCACCUCGUCCAAGGCAACACCAGCCAGUGCCUAGACCUGGUAUGAUGCCAACCAUGCAGCCUGAUGUGUUACCACCGGGCAUGUCACGUUUCCGGCCGCCGCCACCUCCACCAGAUAUGCGGCCACCAUUAUCUGCUGCCGGGCUUCCCAACCAAGGGGUUCCACCAGGAAUGAUGGUUCCCUUGCUUCCAAGGCCACCAUAUGGCCCUCCACCCGGAGCCCCUCCGAUGAUGAGGCCUCCGCUUCCACCUGGUCCACCACCCGCUCUGCUAGAAGAUGAACUCACUGCUAUUAGGCCACCUGUACCCCCGAAGCCAUCAUAUGUGAAGUCAGCAGCCCCCACUGUUGUCAAGAGGCCACUUGCUCAGCACACGCCAGAACUUACUGCCAUGGUAUGUCCGUUCUCCAUUUGCUCACUGCUAUCAUUGCAUCUUCCUUUCUGGCCUUCUGUGUCAUAUUCAGUACUUGGUAGUUUUAGCUGA